GAAUCACUUAAUCAGUUGAAAAAGUACAUAAAAGAUGCCAGUAAAAAUUUCUUGGCCUGCUGUCAUUGGAAUUAUUCAUCCUAAUAUAGGUGGAUGGGCUGGAGCAUACGUGACUCGACAAAAUAUCGGUCCUUGGUAUAAGUUCCUUAAAAAACCAUCUUGGACCCCACCCAACUGGGCAUUUGGACCAGUAUGGACUGGAUUAUAUUGUUCAAUGGGAUAUGCAUCUUAUUUAGUCUACCAAGAGAGUGGUGGAUUUGAAAAAGCUGUUGUUCCAUUUACAAUUUAUGGAACAAACUUAGCUUUAAACUGGUUAUGGACUCCAAUAUUUUUUGGAGCACACAACAUUAAAUUGGCUCUGUAUGAAAUCAUUCUCUUAUGGAGUAGCACUGCAGCAUUAAGUGUAAGCUUCUACCAAGUCAAUAAACUUGCUGGUUACCUAAUUUUACCCUAUCUUGCAUGGACUUCUCUUGCUACUGCUCUCAACUAUGCAAUUUAUCGUGAUAAUAAAAGUAUGAACACUGAUGAUGAAAAGAAGAAAUAAAAUGGUAUCGUAAAGAUAAAAACAUUUUAUAAUAAUAUACUUUUUUUUAGUGAAUAAAUUAUUUCUUAGACAUUAA